UUUCAGAUUGUGUUUAGAUUGAGGGUGUAUGUGCAUUUGCUUAUGAAAAAUUUGCUGAGGCUCAUUUUAAAUUCUUCUGUAGAAUUUGAAGUUCCAGUUACUUUUGCUGAAGAAUCCUUGGAAUUUGUUAGCAGUAUGUCUGAAUCAGAUGUCCAUGAAAAGGUCUCCUCUUCAGCUUCAGGAGAUAAACCAUAUGAAGAUGGACAAAACUUUCAAGAUUUAGCACCAGAAGGUGAUGAGGAAUUAAGGGAUCCAGGAGGAGCUGCAUCAAGUUCCAGUGGCAAUGAAAACUCUGUGUCUCCAGCAUCAGUUCAAACGGUUGCUGAUCCCAUUUCAUCCAUCUUAGCUGAAGUGCAUCAUGUCUGUCAGGAUAUCAAAUCUUACAUAUUGGGGCGCCAACUGCAGAGCACGAACCAAGAGUUGCAGGGAGGCAGUGGAACUACUGAUAAGUUGCCUUCAUCUACUAAUUCUUCUGUUUGUGCUUGUGGUGGUGCUGACUGCAUUGAAGCUCACAACAUUCGGGAAUGGCUUCAGACAUCAAAAUGGGACAAUGUGUUGCAGAAACUUGUUCUUACGCUUGGAGUGACUUGUUUGGGACUUGGUCACGCUUAUAAGGAUAAUGGCGAGUUACUUCAGGCUUUGAAGGUUAUAGAAUCGGCAUGUUAUAUUUCUGCAUCAAUGCCUCAGCAUCUUGAAGACACAAAGUUCAUUUCCCCAAUGGUCAGUGAAAGUAAUGAAAAGACAAUACCAUACAGUGUUGGUGCGAAAGAUGAUAAAUCCAGCUCUGCAGAUGAUUCUCUUACUUUUGGGAAAUCUUAUUCUACUGAAAUUUUCUGGUCCACCGCAUGGAUGCUAGUUGGAGAUGUUUAUAUUGAGUUCAAGAAUUGCAGUUCAUGUUCCUUGGAAGAUUGCAUCUGCCUGAGUGACAGGGCAAGCAGUGGUAGUAGUGCAAGCACUAGUGGUCCUCCCAAUGCCAAAACUUGCUCAGAAGCUUGUGAAAGAAAACAAAGAAAGAUAUUGCAUGCUAAGGGCAGUCCUUACUCACUCUUGGGAGACCCUGAAGAUGACUCUGUUCAUCACCAAAUGCAUGGGAUAUUUAAGUACCUUCGGGGUCCUUUUUUUAAAAAUGAGGUAUAUAAUUAUUCAGAUGCCCUAAGCUGUUAUGGAGAAGCUAGAAAGGCAUUGGUUGGACUUCCAUCUGAUUCAGCAAAACUACAACUUUUGGUCAACAAGGAAAAGUGGGUUCGCGACGCACUAGAGGAAAUCAGGCUUAGCAGAGAAGCAUUGAGCCAAUCUAUUAAUUGGUUGUUACAGCAAAAUUUAUGAUGACACCAACAAUGCAUGACAAGCACGCAUUGUGGACAUCGUACUCGGAAACUUAUCUGUUAUCUCCAUAGUUUCUGUUUUUAAAACAUUUUUCGUUUUAGGUAGAAAGCUCAAACGGUUUUAUGGAUAGUUAAACAUUACUUGGUACGCUAUUCUGUAUUGAUUGCCUAUAUCAUUGAGAGGAAGAUUUUGACGAUGAAUGUAUAGCACUUUCAGAUAUUCAUUUUGAUUGUCAGAUUACA